AUGACUUUCUACCACACUGCUGAGGACAUUCGUAUCGAGGACAACCAUGUGUUGAAGGCUCGUCUCCAGACCGCCGAAGGCGAGUGGAAUGACGCCGAGAUCGACCUCAAUACCUGCAUCGGCAACGACAACGGCAACUUCCACUGGGAUGGCGAGGGCUUUGCCAACUCUGCCGAGAACAUCGAGUUCGCACUCGAGGGAGAUGGCGACGUCCCCGUCCUCCGUGCCACCCUCUUCGACGCUGAUGGCAACCCCGAGACUCGCGACAUCAACUUGGGCGAGCGCAUCGUCAACAACGAUGGCAACUUUCACUACGGUAUACUGCAACCACCAGGCCGGUGA